UUUGCAUGAGCGCCGUGUUGAGAGGAACACGCGCGGCUGGCGUUGAGGCGAAGUGGCGGCGGCGGCGGCCAUGGCUCCGAGCGGGCAGGUGGGGGCCAGCGGGGGUUCCUCUAGCGUGGUGACGCCCGAAGGGCUGCGAGGCUGGCUCCGAGGGGCAUAUCGCUUCGGCACCGACCGCAAUGAUUUCCGUAGGAAUCUCAUAGUUAACCUGGGUCUCUUUGCUAUUGGUGUUUGGGUAGCCAGAAGUUUAACAGACAUUGAUUUGAUGGCGCCUCAGCCCAUUGCAUAGCAGAAGUGAUGAAAAAGAAGUAGAUCUUCAUCCAUCAAGUCUGAAGACUUUCCUUCCUGCUGUAUGACCAAAUGCCUUGUGAUUGAUCACUGCAUUGGUUAUAGCUGUGAUGUUACCUUCCACAUGCUGCUUAUACUAAAUAAUUUGACGCAACAGCAGCUCCAGAAAUCUAAGCUGAAUGAUUGGGAAAAAUCACUGAAAUGAGUGUACACUUUUUUGGUAUGUUAUGUUCACAUGUUUAGGAACGAUGUGUUUGAUUCCAGGUAGCAGCCUAACACUAUGUUGUAUUUGCCAAAAGCUUGUUAUUUAAAACACAUGUAACUUGCAGAUGAAAGUAGCUUUUGUACUGUUUAACAUCCUGGACUAAAGUAUGAAAUAAAUACAUGCCAGUGCA